AUGUCAUUCUUUUCCCUCUCGUACUUCAGCCUCGUCGCUAGCAUUCACCUUCUUGGCCUUUUCCACCCAUCACUGGCCGCCAAUACCGCAGCAUGGAAGUCCAGAUCCAUCUACCAGACCAUGACCGACAGGUUCGCGCGAACCGACGGGUCAACAUCGGCGAAAUGCAACACCACAGCCGGUUUAUAUUGUGGAGGAACAUGGCGGGGGACAAUCAAUCAUCUAGACUAUAUCCAGGGGAUGGGAUUUGACGCAGUCAUGAUCUCGCCCAUUGUUGAGAAUGUGGAAGGCCAUGUAUCGUAUGGUGAAGCCUACCACGGAUACUGGCCGCUGGAUCUAUAUUCGUUGAACUCACAUUUCGGGACACACCAGGAUCUAUUGGAUCUUAGUAGAGCGCUUCAUGACCGAGACAUGUAUCUGAUGAUGGACACGGUCAUCAACAACAUGGCGUACAUCACCGACGGCAAAAACCCAGCGACAAAUAUCGACUAUUCGGCAUUUACACCGUUUAACAACUCCGACUAUUUCCACGAGUACUGCAAGAUCCACGACUGGAAUGACUGGGACGAGGCCCAGCUGUGUCAGACUGGCGAUACCAAGGUCGCCCUACCGGAUCUGUAUACCGAACACGAGGAUGUCCAGGACAUGCUCGCGAGCUGGGCGAAUGAGAUGAUCAAGACGUACUCGAUCGACGGUCUGCGCAUUGACGCCGCAAAGCACAUCAACAAUGCAUCUCUUCAGAAUUUCCAAAAUAAUGUCGACAUCUUCAUGACGGGUGAAGUCCUGCAGCGCGAGGUCGAGACGAUCUGUAACUACCAGGGCCACUAUAUCAACAGUGUUCCCAACUACCCGAUCUACUACUCCAUGCUUGAGGCCUUUACCAAGGGUAAUACGACGGAUCUCUUCCUGCAAGUGGAGACCAUGAAGCAAUCCUGCCGCGAUAUUACUGCAUUUGUGUCGUUUUCUGAGAACCACGAUAUCCAACGGAUCCCCAGCUGGAUGCCUGAGAUGGCGAUUGCCAAAAACACGUUAACAUUCACAAUGCUCUUCGACGGCAUCCCCAUGAUCUACCAAGGCCAAGAGCAACACUUCUCCGGCGCCGGGCAGCCCAGGAACCGCGAAGCGCUGUGGCUGUCCAAAUACGACACCAACGCCGAGCUAUACAAACUAAUAACCAAGCUGAACCUGCUCCGCAAGCACGCCAUUAAGCUCGGCCACGACUACGUCAAUGAACAGACGACCCCCAUCUACGUGGGGUCCAGCGAGCUCGUGUUCCGGAAGGGCGUGGAGGGCCGGCACACGAUCAUGAUCCUCUCGAACCAGGGGGCCAAGGGGGGUGCUUAUACGAUUGAGUUGCCUGUGAGCUAUAAUGCCGGCGAGGUGGUGACGGAUGUCCUCAACUGUGUGAAUUAUACGGUUUUGGAUGAAGGGCAGCUGCAGGUGAAGCUGGACAAAGGCGAGCCGCGGGUGCUUUUCCCGGCGGAUAUGUUGAAGGGGAGUGGCCUCUGUGGGAAUCCAUUGGACAAUAUUACCCUGACGGAGGUCAGGACUGGAGAGAAGCCGUCAUCUGCGAGCAGGAUUAUGCUGACAGGAAGUGCAGUGGUUGGAUUCCUGGCUGUGGCAGCUACCUUGGUUCUGUGA